AUGACAUAUAAACCUGUUACCCACGUGUUGUUCGAUAUGGACGGAUUGAUAUUGAACACUGAGGAUCUUUACACUAUUGGAUUUCAAGAGAUAGCUUCUAGGUUUGGAAAGUGUUUUACUUAUGAUCUAAAAGUAAAGAUUAUGGGACAGCAAUCCAACGAGUUGGCCAAGUCCAUUAUUGACGCUUUAGAUUUGCCAAUGACCGUUGAGGAGUUUGUUUCAGAAUCUCGUGUUAUAUUUGAAAAGCUCUUCCCUCAUUGUAAAGUAAUGCCUGGUAUCGAGAAGCUUAUUCGCCAUCUCGUCGACAACAACAUUCCGAUCGGCUUGGCAACCAGCAGUAGUAUCGAAUCUUAUAAUCUGAAAACUCGUAAUCAUUUUGAACUGUUCGAUCUGUUUGCUUAUAAGACUUGGGGAUCCUCGGAUCCUGAAGUGAAGCGAGGCAAACCGUAUCCAGACAUAUUUCUAGUAGCCGCUGCCAAGUUUCCUGACAAACCAGCCGCCGAAAAGUGCCUAGUGUUCGAGGACUCUGUUAACGGCGUAGAGGCGGCGCUGGCAGCCGGCAUGCCAGUAGUGAUGGUGCCAGCGCCAGCGCUAGACAGCUCGUUGAGCGGCCGCGCCACGCUGGCGCUACCGUCCGCCGAACUAUUCCGACCAGAGAUGUUCGGAUUACCGCCUUACACUGACUAA